AGCAGAAUGAAUGAUGUCAGGGAGAACCGCGGCGAGCAUGAGGCUCGCGGCAAACACGGCGGCGGCCGCAACCCCGAACGAACGCUGCCCCCGGCGCCCCCCGGCCCGGAGCCGCCCUCCAGCGGGAGAGCCCUUCCAGCUGCGGCACUGCUGAGGCAGGAAACCUCCGCGAGAAGUGUCGCCUCCGCCGACGCCCUUAACGCCCGUCCCUUUCGCCGGGAAGGAGAAGACGCUGAGGUUGGGAGAGGAGAAAAUUGCAGGGGAAGGUAGAGGUUGUGGCAAACUUUCUAGCUGCUUCUGCGUGCUGCUGCCUCACUGGUGGGAGUGUCUGCCCAUUGGAACUGCAGAGCCCAAACCUAAGAGCCCUCAGGCUCCAAAAAAGACUUCCAGCCGCCUUUGGAGGAGGAACUGCCAGCAGUGCAAGCUUUUGCAUAUACAGCAGAGUAGAUGAUUCAGCUCUAGAAGAAAGAUUUGUCUUCACAAAUUCCUUUGGAAGCACAAUGGAUGCAUUUUAGAGUUCUACAAAAGUCAUCUAGGAACAAGAACAUUGGACUUUAAGGAAUAACGGUUCAGAGAGCCCAGAAAUUGGUCAAAAAUAAAGCCUCUUUGGCCAUACAGCUUGGAAAUGAAUACCAUUGAGACAGCAAAGCUUGAGGAGCAUAUGGAGGGUCAGCCAAAUGAGACUUCUAGUGGCUACUCUCGACCUACUCUCUCAGUCAGUGAAGAGAACAAAAAUGGCACUAGCAAACCAAAGGGCUUGUCUAAUGGCUUGCGAAAAACAUCGAAGAAGUAUCCCGAUUACAUCCAGAUUGCUAUGCCUGCUGAAUCUAGGAACAAAUUUCCUCUGGAAUGGUGGAAAACAGGCAUUGCCUUUGUCUAUGCUCUCUUCAACUUGAUUUUAACAACUGUCAUGAUCACUGUGGUCCAUGAGAGAGUACCUCCAAAGGAGCUAAGCCCUCCCUUGCCUGACAAAUUUUUUGAUUACAUUGAUCGUGUGAAAUGGGCUUUUUCUGUAUCAGAAAUUAAUGGAAUGAUACUACUUGGAUUAUGGAUAUUCCAGUGGUUGUUUCUUAGAUACAAAUCUAUAGUGGGACGCAGGUUCUUUUUUAUAAUAGGAACUUUGUAUCUAUACCGCUGUAUUACCAUGUACGUUACCACCUUACCUGUGCCUGGAAUGCAUUUUCAGUGUGCGCCAAAGUUGAAUGGGGACUCUCAGGCAAAGGUUCAGAGAAUCCUGCGACUGAUUUCUGGUGGUGGUCUAUCCAUAACUGGAUCACACAUCCUGUGUGGAGACUUCCUGUUUAGUGGACACACUGUAGUAUUAACGCUGGUCUAUCUGUUCAUCAAAGAGUAUUCACCGCGUCAUUUCUGGUGGUAUCACUUAAUCUGCUGGCUGAUGAGUGCUGCUGGCAUCAUUUGUAUCCUGGUAGCUCACGAACACUAUACCGUAGAUGUCAUCAUUGCCUACUAUAUCACCACGCGGCUCUUCUGGUGGUACCACUCAAUGGCUAAUGAAAAGACUCUAAAGGUGUCUUCGCAGACGAAUUUUCUCUCUCGAGCAUGGUGGUAUCCAAUAUUUUAUUUCUUCGAGAAGAAUGUGCAAGGCUCUGUUCCUUGCAGUUUUUCCUGGCCAAUAUCUUGGCCUCCCAGCUGCUUCAAAUCUUCAUGCAAAAAGUAUUCACGGGUUCAGAAGACAGGAGAGGACAAUGAAAAAUCUACCUGAAGAAAAAAAGGAAAGCAUCUGCUCUGUUUUUUUCAUUUUUGGUCUGUUUUUUUUUUUUUUUUUACCAAAACAUUAAUGCUGUAACCAAAGUUCUUAAGAAGACUGUAACUGAAGAAGUGGACCAAGUUUCUGUGCAAUUGAUGGAAAGACAAUUGUAGAUAUGUAUUUCAUUUCAGAGGUUUUCCUCUCAUCAGGCUGUACAGACCUAUUCUACUCUUCAGUGCUAAUGAAAUACACCACUGAUGGGAUUUUUUAAUUAAAGAAAAAAUGGAGCAGGACUUUGCUUUAUUAACGAGAUAGAGGUGCCAAAGACCACAGUAACACUUCCAUUACUAUCACUCAUCCACAGAAGCACCCAAAAGUCUCAUCUUCAGAGCUCUGGAGUGCGUAAGGGCAAAAACAUGCUAAAAUGUAAAGGCACGAUAUUGGUGUACUGAGGUUUAUAAAAAAAUAACACAAUUGUGGGAAGUGGUUUGUUGCAUUAUUCUUGCUAAUGAAGGUAAGGCCUUUGUGUGACUGGUACAGCUGUGAAAGCAAGUCUGACUUCUUUUACACACUGUGGGUAUGAAUAUCUUAUGACCCUAAAAUACUACUUACCACCAUUAACUCCCAUGUAUUCUACUAAAUACCAAUUUUUACAUUUUUAUUAGUAAUUUUAUAUUUAAAUAGUUGUGCUACCUGAUGAAAUUGUGAAUUAGAAAAAGCUGCUAACAUCAGAGCUCAAGGAGCCUAAAAUUUUAUUUUUAGUAAGGGGACACAGUUUCAACAUCUAAAUUUUGAAUUGCAGCUGGCCUCAUGUAUAUAGCUAUACAGUGCCUGGCAGUGUAUAUAGAUGCAUAUAUACACAAAAGCACACAUCUUAAACUAAACUAUUUACUGGGAAGAGUGAUCAUAGAGUUCUUGAUGCAGGCAAAAGUUGUACAGCUCUCACCUGCUUGAGGAAUGCAAGGCCAGGUCCAAAAUGGGGCUAUGUUUAAAAUAAACAUUUUAAUUUUAGUAGCAAUCUUAUGCUGAAGCUAUGUAGCAGGUUUGCUUGUGAGCCAUAGUUCUCCAUUGAAUUUCUUUUUUUUUUUUUCUUUUACCUCUUGACACAUGUUUCUGUGACUUAAUUUAAAAAAAGCAAACAACCAAACAAAAAAGUGCUAAGGUGAAAUAUCUACAACAGCAGCAUUUCUUCAAUUGCAACCUAAAAUAAUUUCAUAUUAAAUGACACUGUGGUGGAACUUAAAUGUAGAUUCCCUUUUUUCCCAGGGUUUCAGUCCAGCUAAAAUGGCUAUUUAAACAAGUUGGCUGAUAAUGGGGAAAAUUACCAUGAGGUGAACAUUUAACAAAACCACAGAUUAACAGCUACCUGUUUCUUGUUGGUUUAUGUUGUUUUGUAUUGUUGUAAAAGCAAAGUAGAAAAUUAGCACACCAUGUUUAGCCUUUUAUAUUCUGUAUUAAUUUCUGCAGUUAACUCAAUAUUCAGAUCUUCACUAAAACCUAAUGAAAAUACAAAACUGCAUUAAGUGUUGAGGUGGUACUAAUAUAAAUGAAAUGCUGCAUAUUUUAAGAAUGUCUUGAACUGAGUGACAAGUGUGAACACAAUUUAAUAGUGACAACUUAUUUUUAAAAAGUCCAGUUAAAGUUGUAAAAUUAAAUACAGAGUAUUCAAGUAUAAUAACUUUCAGUUAAGGGGAUCAUUGCUCUGAGUUGUACAUGAGACUAUUUUUGAAGUGCAUUUCAAAUAUUUUUGUGCAUUAUCAAAAUAAUACAAUAAAAAGUGUUCCUUUCAAUACAUUUUUGGAAAAACUUAGUUAUAAAAGAAAUUCUGAUGUUUGGUUUUGUUAUUUCAAAUGAGCUCAGUAGACUCUGAUAAUGUGCCCCUGAAGUUGUGUGUGUAUGGACAGAUCUGUGCUUUCAUUUGCUUGCUUCUAGCAGACCAUGAAGAGCUAAAAAGCCAGUAUCAAAAAACUUUUGAAUCUUUUUUCUCUGUCAUAUAAAUGAAUGUGUUCCAACACCAGUCAGAUCUCCCAAGAUACCUGUUAUAUCAGUACUACUUCAUAGAUAAUUUUUUCAGCUAAAAUCUAAGCUUUGUGAUACCUUAAAUAUGGUCAUGUUAAUCCACUUGUAGUAAUAUCUUUUAGGAGUUAUGAAUGGAUUUCAUUAGUGGUCAGCGUGCCUUGGAAAUAGCAUGAUGAAAAGCAUUACCUCAGGAGCUUAAGCAGUGUUUUUCAUCUGGUGGCUGCAAAAUAAACACUUUGAUAGUCUAGAUAUAUCUAAUUGUCUGCAUAACCACCACCAUGCCUCGGUGGGAUUUCUGUAAUAGAUCUGCAAAGCAAGCUUUCUUCACGCAGGACAAGGUGUUUGGAGUUUUUUACUUGUUCUUGCUUCUGAAAGAAAAAAAUGUGAAAAUUUAUAAAAUAGAGCCAAGUAAAGACUGCUUAUGUUGGCCUGUGUGAGCUUUCAUUUUACUGCUGAAUUUGAUAGAGACUUCUAUUGUAAUACAGAAGGAAAGUCUAAGUAGCAGCUCUAGCUCAAAAUACUUGAUUCCUGUUCUGGCUCAGUCCUCCCUUAAGUGCUUAAUAUUUAUCCAUUGUAUGAAUGCUCUCAAAGGGGUAUGUGUGUGUUUGUUUAAUUAGCAGAAAACCCCAGUUCUCUACACAAAAUAGCUUUUAAUUGCUUUUAAAAACUUAGAUGGUAAAACUGUAUUUGAUGACUCUUUAGACCUAUAUGUAAGGUGAUAAAAAGGGGUAAGUAAUGGUAUAUUCUAGUUCUUACUGCUAUGGUAGUUUAUCCAAUACAACACACAACUUCUACAUAAAAAUUACUAAAUUUAACAUCUUGGUGAUCAUAGUACACAAACAGCAUGAAGCUUAAAGUAUAGUUUCAUCCUAUGAGGCAAGAGAUUGUAGGCCUGAGCAAAGUCCAGGUUUCUCCUUUUUACCUACUGCCAUCAAGUGAUCCUGUGUUAUUUGGUCAGUAUGUGCCCAAUACUUUCCAGUGGGUCACUAUUUUUUCCUAGUUACAGUAAUAUUUCUCAGAUGCCACAUGAGCUGCCCUUUUACUGUGUCUAUAACAUGCUCCUCUCGACUGAAGAGCAUUUACAUGUUGAACUUACAGAUGCUUAAUGAAAAAAUCCACUACAUUUGUACACCUGACCUAUCAGUAUGACUUAAAUGUUGUGAUGGGCUUUCUUAAAAUGCCGAAUGUAAAUUUAAAUCUGGAUUUAAAACGCUACCUUGAGCAUUUAAAGAAAUGUGCUAAGCGGUCAUGCUACCGAUGCUUAGUUCUAGUGCCAGAAAUUACUAAUGUCUACUUGGAAAGCGCUGUAAAUGGACUCCUUUUUCGGUACGUGCUUAGCACUCCCUCGUGGACAUGAAUGGUACUAACUGUUAGUCAUCCUUCGCUGCUGCUUUCUUGAAAAGAUCGCCACAGGCGGCGUAGUAGCAAAAAUAGCUGUGCUAAACAUUGCUAUGAGCCCUAGUACUGGAUUUGCUGCCCUCCUUAAAAUAAACAGUUGGGAGAGAAGGAAACUACAAAAAAAAAUUAUGUUAAAAUACACUGCCAUCAUGUAAUAGAGAAAUAAAGCUCAGCAACAGAGACAGAACUGGGAAGUCUUUAAAAGACAUGAGAGACCAUUCUCUUUAUUGGAUUAUUGCAAAUCCACUUACCAGGGUCUUAAAUCAGAAUCUGUUCAAUCUCUGGCUUUCUCCUAUCAGUAGUAUGUGGCUAGACAGUUUAUGCCAAGUUAUUUGGUACUAACCCAAAUUCUUUUUCUCAUUUCAUUAGAUGGGAUUUACUGUUCUAGAGACAGAUCCAUUAACUUCAGUGCAAGGUGAAGCCUUUCCAUUAACUUUAAAUGAACUUUCCCAUAGCUGCUUGUUGGUUUUUAUAUUUGUUUGUGGGAAUUUUUUUCUUUGUUAGUGGGCUUUUUA